AUGUCUAUCCUCCCGGAACUGAGCAAGGUCUUCAAGAUCACGGAGCUCGUGCCUAUCGCGAUGACCUUCGCAAACGCAAUCACAUCGACCAAGGGCAAGAUUGUCAUCUGGAAGCUCAUCAUGUAUCUGCAAAUUGUGGCGUUUGCGGUCGUGAGCGCGGUUGCGGACCUGUUCACGAGCGCGACACUCAUACCCAUACGGUUUGCAGAGUGGGCGCCGCUGCCGUACUUUGGACAGAAGGGCUUCCUCUUCGACAACGCGCAGUCGCGCUCGCUUCUGGUCGAGGCCUUGGUCAUCUGGGUCAAGCCUCAGUUUGGCUGCUUUGACGAGUAUACGCAGACGCAGGCCGGCGAUUUGCGCCACCCACCCCUCUCCGCCUGUCGCAAAUGUGGAGGUACUCACCACCUCACGCUCGCACACGGCAACUGCCCUUCCCAGACAAUCACUGGGGCCAGACACGCGCACCCGGAGAAGAACUGGGGCACGGCGUUCCCCACGGGCUGGGUAUGGGGGCAGCCGUUUGGGGCGGACACAGAUGGGGCUGCGCUCCCCGGGGUGCCGCUGCAGGCGUACCUCGUUGGGUACCGCUCGCCCAGAUCAUCGCUCUCUCUGCUUGACCGUCGUUCAUGCCGCGUGCUGGACACAUACGGUGAGCGACUCACCUGGCACCUGGAGCAUCCUAAGAAGGACUCCGAGGAACUCCCAAAGUGCCGCACGGGUGCGGCGUUCCGGGCAUACAGCAAUGGGCGGCUCCUAGUAAGACGCGGCAUAGCCGGGGGACGGGGGACCUCAUACAACGCCAAAAUGAUGGCUGGAGGGAUGGCAUUAGCGUUUGCAACAAAACAGCCAUGCGAAACCAUACAUGUGGUAGCCGACAACGAGUCGGCGCUGAGAACCCUGCUCGAUCCCGGCAUGCACGGUCAGCAGCUGGUAUCCGUGGUCGCGUGCCGGAACGUGCGCGAGUGGCUGGCCAAAGACGAGCGGCGACGCAUCGUCUUCCACUGGUGGUUAGUAGACGAAGACGCCAAAAGAGCGGCGGACAUACCUUUGGAGCGCGACAAAUGCUCGCUCGCGCACGCCCAGCACCUGCUUGCUGUCCAGCUCAAGGCAGACUGGCGAGACAAAUAUCGGGGUUCGCGGGCAUAUGCCGGCCGCAACUUCCUGCGGCUCAAGGUGUUUGAUCCGCCAAACCACCUGUCCAGCCCCGCGCUACAGGCGCAUGGGCACUUGAGAACAACAAUGGCGCACUUUUGUCGCACAGUCCUCGACCAUGCACCGCUGGGCUUGUUUUGA